AUGGCUAUCCUCACUAACGUCUCAGUAGGACGACAAAGUACCGCGUUUGUCCGUACAACAUCGCACGGUAUGGACAACUGGACCUGGUCUCCAGGCUAUAAUCACAGCGUGAACGAUCACAACUUCCUUUCCUCCAGUCUGACGGCUAAGAUCCUGCAGGUUUCCUGGCUGGUCCCGUCCUUGGUACUGAUCCUCGGUCUUAACGUGAUCUUCACCAUCGCCGUCGCGCGCUCCCCGAGCUUGUGGAAGCCUCGCUUUCUCCUACCCGUCAGCCUCGCCGUUCUGGAUAUCCUCCUGGCUCUGGUCUUCAUCCCCAACUCUAUAAACAACGUAGUAAGUGAGAACGUUACCGAUUCUGCUUUUCUCUGUCUAACACAGUGUGGUGUGUACUAUGGCACGGCUGUAUGCACAAUAGCUACUCUAUUUGUUAUGGCGUGGGAUCGCUACCGAGCCAUUUGUAAACCUCUCCACUACCGAGAAGAGGACGGCAUUCGCUGGACCUGGGUUAGGAUCCUGGCUGCGUGGAUUUACGGCACAACCGUCAGCGUACUUUGUGUCAUUUUUACCCCCAUCGACGGGAUAGAUAUUGCCCAUAUUCAAAACAGUAACCUUUUCUGCACGUUCGCAGACUUAGGCUUCAAUCGCGUUGUUAAAAUCAUUCAUCUUACUACCUUAGCGUUCUCUGUCGUAUCAUCUACGUAUAUUCUUAUCUCGUACUUUAAGAUUUACAAAGAAAUCCACAGACAAAACGCUAGAGAAGACGGGGGUGAACCUUCGGGAAACCCACAAGGCGGUGGGAACAAUCACAGGCCGGAGCGAACAAUAUCCAUACAUCUCUUCAUCUUUGUAAUAUUCGCGACGGCGGUCUUCAUAAAUGGAAUGUUUAAGUACGUAACAACAUCUGGACAAAGACCAGCCGCUGUGUACAUGCUGGACCGCCUUGCCGAACUCGUGUACCUGACCGUGCCCUGCCUCAGCAACCCCGUGGUCUACGGAUUUCGGAGCGACGACGUCCGGGUGGCCGUGUGGAGACUGUUCGGGAGACGGGAGCGGACCAACAGCGCUGCGCUUGUCAGGAGACACCGCAAUGUAAGCCGGAACACAACGCGACAUCUGCGGGCAGUGUCACCACUGGGAGACCUUUCUGAAGAAUCGGAUGUUCCGACGCCGCGCGGGCCGGCCAGGCUGUCCACGAGACCCGCACAGACUCCACUUGAUAUACCGUCAGACUCCGAUAACGAUGAACGGUUGGACAAAACUGUAACUGUGAAAGCGAUAAUUCAAGAGAGAACGAUAUCCAACCGAGACACACAAAACGAAGUAGUUUGCACUGUGGAACUGCCGGGAUAUGUCUCAUCGCUAGAGCCAUAA